GUUGGCGCGGGCGGGGGAGGGUGUGCGGCGCGCGCUCCUGUGAUCUGGGGCUCCUGUCUGUGGCGAAGGGACCUGCGAGCGAGCGGCGACACCAGCGGCGGGGAACCGACGAAGGGUUGGGAAACUGAGGCACAGAGAAGUUAAGCCUAGCUCAGAGGAGAACACCUACAACAUUUUCCUGAAUGAGCUUCUCCUCAAUGUUACGUUGCUUUCUCCGGUCUCCUGUUCGAUUUCUUCUGCCAUCACGGCUUCCUGUGCUUCGGCAACUAUAAAGGUGUUGCCAUGGUGAUGGCAGCGGAGGACAGCAUGGUGCGGGUGGUGGUGCGGGUGCGGCCCCCCACCCCUCGGGAGCUGGACAGUCAACGUCGGCCUGUGGUUCAGGUGGUGGACGAGCGGGUGCUGGUGUUUAACCCUGAGGAGCCCGAUGGAGGGUUCCCUAGCCUGAAAUGGAGCAGCACCCAAGAUGGCCCCAAAAGGAAGGGCAAAGACCUGACAUUUGUCUUUGACCGGGUCUUUGGUGAGGCAGCCACCCAACAGGAUGUGUUCCAGCACACCACCCACAGCAUCCUGGACGGCUUCCUCCAGGGCUACAACUGCUCAGUGUUUGCCUACGGGGCCACUGGGGCCGGGAAGACACACACCAUGCUGGGAAGGGAGGGGGACCCUGGCAUCAUGUACCUGACCACCGUGGAGCUAUACAGGCGUCUUGAGGCCCUCCAGGAGGAGAAGCGCUUCGAAGUGCUCAUCAGCUAUCAGGAGGUAUACAAUGAGCAGAUCCACGACCUCCUGGAGCCCAAGGGGCCCCUUGCCAUCCGUGAGGACCCCGACAAGGGGGUGGUGGUGCAAGGACUUUCUUUCCACCAGCCAACCUCAGCUGAGCAGCUGCUGGAGAUGCUGACCAGGGGGAACCGGAACCGCACACAGCACCCUACUGAUGCCAACGCCACAUCCUCCCGCUCCCACGCCAUCUUCCAGAUCUUCGUGAAGCAGCAGGACCGGGUUCCAGGACUGACCCAGGCCGUUCAGGUGGCCAAGAUGAGCCUGAUUGACCUGGCUGGCUCGGAGCGGGCAUCCAGCACCGGCGCGAAGGGAGAGCGGCUGCGGGAGGGCGCCAAUAUCAACCGCUCUCUGCUGGCCCUCAUCAACGUCCUCAACGCCCUGGCUGACGCAAAGGGCCGCAAGACUCACGUGCCCUACCGGGACAGCAAACUGACCCGCCUGCUCAAAGACUCCCUUGGGGGCAACUGCCGCACGGUGAUGAUCGCUGCUGUCAGCCCCUCCAGCCUGGCCUACGAGGACACGUACAACACCCUCAAGUAUGCCGACCGGGCCAAGGAGAUCAGGCUCUCGCUGAAGAGCAACGUGAUCAGCUUGGACUGUCACAUCAGCCAGUAUGCCACCAUCUGCCAACAGCUCCAGGCUGAGGUAGCUGCUCUGAGAAAGAAGCUCCAGAUGUAUGAGGCAGGAGCCCAGCCCCCACAUCAGGACUUCCUAGGGUCCCCCAAGUUGGGCCCACCACAACAACACCUUCCCAGCUCUCCCUUACCACCUUGCCCUCCCAGCCAGCCCUGCACCCCAGAGCUCCCCUUGGGGUCUGGAGCCCUUCAAGAGAAGAGCCUGGAGACAGAGGCCCAGGUAGAGAGGGUUGUGGAAGGGAACUCUUCAGACCAGGAGCAGUCCUCAGAGGACAAGGACAAAGGCCCAGCAAAGGAGGUUCCAAUCCAGAUGCUGGAGCAGAGCCUCAGGCAUCCACUGCCAGGGCCCCCUGGCCCGACCCUGCAGCCCAAACUCAUCUUGGGCCACCGCUCACCACAGAAGCUGGACAGGGACCGUCCUAUGCAGUUGGCCCUGAAGGUACUGUGCCUGGCCCAGCGGCAGUACUCCCUGCUCCAAGCAGCCAACCUCCUGACCCCCGACAUGAUCACAGAGUUUGAGACCCUGCAGCAGCUGGUGCAAGAGGAAAAAACUGAGCCUGGGGCAGAGGCCUCCAGGACUCCUGGGCUGGCCAGAGGGACACCUCUGGCUCAGGAGCUGUGUUCAGAGUCAAAGUCUCCAGCAUACUCUGGCCCUGUGACCCGGACCAUGGCAAGGCGACUGAGUGGCCCCAUGCACACUCUGGGCAUCCCACCUGGGCCCAAGUGCUCCCCGGCCCAGGCAUCCCGAUGGCCGAUGGAGAAGAAGAGGAGGAGGAGACCAAGCCCCUCGGAGCCAGACAGUCCCCCAGCCCCAAAGCAGAGAAGCAAGCGCCAGCGCCAGUCCUUCCUGCCCUCCCUGAGGAGAGAGUCUUUGCCUGAGGCCCAGCUGUCAUUUGGGCCCAGCACCCCCAAUGGGGGAAGGCCCUCCUCCCCCUGCCAUUCUUCUCGAGUCUGCCCAGCCACAGUCAUCAAAAGCCGGGUGCCCCUGGGCCCUUCGGCCAUGCAGAACUGCUCCACCCCUCUGGCCCCACCCACUCGGGAUCUCAAUGCCACCUUUGAUCUCUCUGAGGAAACCCCCUCAAAGCUCAGUUUCCGUGAAGGCGCUGGCUGGGAGAAAGUCCCCCAGGAGCUGAACAGGCUGGACCAGCCCUUCAUGCCCAGUGGACCCGUGCUGUUCACCAUAAAGGGCCCCAAGCCAACAUCUUCUCUCCCUGGGACCUUGGCCUGCAAGAAGAGGCGCAUUGUGAGUUCCUCAGUCUCCCGGGGCCACAGCCGCAUCGCCCGCCUCCCCAGCAGCACCUUGAAGAGGCCAGCUGGGCCCCUCGCAAUCCCAGCCCCCCCAUCCAACUGGCCUGUAGAGCUGUCCUUGAGUCCCCUCCACGCUGGGGACAGGAGGAGCAGGAAGGAACUCACUGGGGUUGGGAGAGUGCUGUCUGCUGGGAACUGUAUCGCCAAGGUGUCCUGACCCACCAGCCCCUCUAGGCUGGCCACCCCGACUUGGUCCCUGGAGCCGCCUACACCAGGAGCCCUGACCUGCCUUCCUUACCUCAGAGCAGUUAAUGCCCACACGCCUUUCCUUUAUUAACACCCUUCCCCCAACCAUCCAUUCUGCUACUCGCUCUCUUUAUUAAUCUCUUAUCAUCACUCUCAGCUUCUCAGCAGGUACAUAUUCAUUUGUGAGUGUUAACAUGUUGCUUUUUUAAAGGGCGCUGCCAUGUUCCCCUCUCAUUUAUGAUGCCCUCCAAGCAGGCAGGGGGCCCUUUUGGACUCUCUUGCUGGCCUGUGUCUAACACAGGGCCCUGCAGUGAUGGCCACAGGCAGUGGAGGAGAACGGGAUGGGGCAUCCCAGCUUCCUGGUUUCUGAGAGAGGGGCAUCUUCAGCCCAGAGCAGAAGCUCUAGUCUCUGGCCACAGUCCUGGUGAUGAUGUGGGUGAUGGUGGUGCCUGGAUUUCCAAAUGAGGACAGCUUUACUGUUUUUGCCCUGUUGUGGACAAGAUGCACCUUCAGUGCAAAAGAAAAUGUAAAGAAGAAAGGGGAACACAGCCUAAUGCUACCACCUGGAUAUAAAUGCUAGUAAUACUGAUGUUUAUAAGCCUCUGAUCCUUUAUUUCUGCAUAUAUACAUAUAUAUAAAUAUAAAUGUAGAUAUAGAUAUAUUUUUUAUAAUAAUUAAUAAACUG